GCGGAAGAGUGGGCGGGGCAUUGCCGACUACGAUUCAACAUGGCGGCGACCACGACAAACGUUGAAGAAAUUCGGAAUAGAGUUAUUUUAGGGGAAUUUGGUGUGAAGAAUGUGCACACAACAGAUUUUCCUGGAAACUACCCCGGCUAUGAUGACACUUGGGAUAUGCAGAAAUUUCAAAAGAACUUCAGAAUUGACGUGGUGCAUCUAGAUGAGAGCAGUAUGGAGUUUGACAUGGUGGGGAUUGAUGCAGCCAUUGCCAAUGCCUUCAGAAGGAUCUUACUAGCAGAGGUGCCUACGAUGGCUAUAGAGAAGGUGUUUAUAUAUAACAACACAUCCAUCGUCCAGGAUGAAGUCCUAUCCCACAGAUUAGGCCUCAUCCCCAUCAAAGCUGACCCCCGCUUGUUUGAGUACAGGAACAUAGGUGAAGAUUCUCCAGAGGAGGAAGGUUCAGAAAUAGACACAAUUCAACUGCAGCUGAAAAUUAAAUGCAGCAGGAACCCUAGAGCCAGCAAAGACUCCUCUGAUCCACGGGAACUGUAUCUAAACCACAUGGUUUAUUCCAGGGACAUAAAGUGGGUCCCCAUUGGGAACCAGGCGGACGUGUUUGCAGACUCAAGCAUUGGACCAGUACAUGAUGACAUCCUGAUAGCUCAGUUACGACCAGGACAGGAGCUAGACAUAAUUAUGCACUGUGUCAAAGGAAUUGGUAAGGACCAUGCUAAGUUCUCUCCAGUGGCCACAGCCAGUUACCGCCUCCUUCCAGAGAUCACCCUGCUGGAGCCGGUGCAGGGAGAGAAGGCAGAGCGCCUAAAACGCUGCUUCUCACGAGGAGUUAUAGACCUGGAAGAUGUUAAUGGGAAAAAGGUUGCCAAAGUAGUCAACAGUCGCCUGGAUACAUGCAGCAGGGAAGUCCUCCGACAUGAUGACCUGAAGGAUGUGGUGAAGCUCGGAAGAGUGAGAGAUCAUUUCAUCUUUACUGUGGAGUCUACAGGCAUCCUGCAUCCAGAUGUCCUUGUCACAGAAGCCAUCAAAGUCCUCAUGGCCAAGUGUCAGAGAUUUGUCAAUGAACUGGACUCUACUGACAUGGAAUGAAAGAAUGACUGAGCGCACUCAGGCCUACCAUACAGGACCGGCUGUUGAAAUGUGCUACAGCCUAUCAGGGCUUGGGUUGUUGAUACAGUGGUUUCAGUGGAAUGGCUCUGUUGAAACUUGCUGUAUUUAUUAAAAUGAUUCAGAAUUUCCAAAAAGACAGAUUUAGUUAGGGUUGUAGACUUAAUGUAAGUAUGUGCAGUAUUUUUUGUAUACCACUCUGGGGAAGCAUGCCCCCAGUGAUUUUUCAAGGAGCUCAGUUUUCCUGAAAUAAACAUGCUGAACAAAUGAAACUCUUAGAAACAUCAUAUCAACAGGUUUUGAUAUGUUUGAUAUUUCAGUUCAAUUUCCUUAUGGAUUUUUUCUCAUGUGAUAGUCAUAUGUUCAUCUGAACCUGAUUAAUCAGUUUAUUUCAGUAUGAUCUCUCUAUCUGUUGCCAGCAUCUAUGUGAACACUUAAAUGCAUCAGUCCAAGACCAAGAUAUUCUGGCUUUCAACAGAGAGCAUGACAGAAAACCAUAAGCUAAUGGUGUGAUGUAGACUUUGCAAGCCCGAUUCUGAGUGUUAGGAGGGCAAGUUGAGGAUCACUGAGACUGCACUGGAGAGUUGAUGGUCUCAAGCCCAAACACAACACACCUUGUGCAAAGUAACCAUACUUAACUUUUUUCUGUCUUACUUUUUUAAUUGUCCCAAAAUGUUUCCUACAAAGCCCCUGAGCCAAUUCUUCACUGGUACUAGAUAUCAGCUGAGGUAGAAGCCAUUGUCAAGGAAAUCUGUUCAAAAUGUUCCAUCUACAAGUUGGCUACAUUGGGGGAGAUGUGUGAUCCCAUUGCUGUUGUCUUUGCUUGUAAAUAAUUCCCUUUUAACAAGUGAAAUGUGUUCAAAGCCAAUUUCAUUUCUAGUUAAACUAAGUAAUUGGUCCUUGAGUUAAGAUUAUCUUGUCAAACAACUAAUUCAUUCUAAUUCAUAAGGUCAAGAAUGAACUGCAAUGCUAAAAAAAAAAAAGUAAAGACCCCCCCCUCCCCAGACAUGUUUUAAAAAAUAUAAAGUAAUACUCUGUUUUUGAAGAAUAAUUUGUGUCUGGUAUGGUUUUUCCACAAGAAAAUCUGAAUCUGAAUAUGCAAACAUUGUUCAUUGCAAAAGCUCAGCUGCUGGAUGCAAGAUGUCUCCUAUUUUACCAUUCUCAGUGUAUGUACAUUAAAGGUUUCAAGUUUUCACAUCA